AUGUCGGCAUUGGGAGCUGCUACUGCGCGAGCAGUCACUCGACGGGCAGCGUCCUCGACCCUUCGUUCUCGAGCUCUCCGCCUUGCUAGACCUUCAUAUACCCCUCUCGCUGUACAGCAGACAUCUUCCCGACGAACAUAUUCCUCCCCGUCGGGAUCGUAUCCCUCGACGAGGUCAACGGUGGUACAGUUGCUCAGUAACAUUGGCUCCAAGAGGGAGGUUCAACAGUACUUGUCACACUUCAGCUCGGUUUCGUCCCAGCAAUUUGCAGUCAUCAAGGUCGGCGGAGCCAUCUUGACCGAGCAUCUGCAGACUCUGUCUUCCGCCCUUGCAUUCCUUAACCAUGUCGGGCUCUAUCCAGUGGUGGUUCACGGUGCUGGGCCACAGCUGAACAAGAUUCUGGAGGAUUCCGGGGUCGAACCACAUUUUGAGGACGGAAUUCGGGUUACAGAUCCCAAGACACUGGGCAUCGCACGAGCGCUGUUUCUCGAGGAGAAUUUACGGCUGGUAGAGGAAUUGGAGCGUCUAGGUGUUCGAGCCAGACCAAUCACCUCUGGGGUUUUUACAGCGGAUUAUCUUGACAAGGAGAAAUACAACCUCGUGGGCAAGAUCAGACGUGUUGAUAAGAGACCAAUCGAAGCUGCUAUCCAGGCAGGAUGCCUGCCCAUCUUGACGUCCAUGGCCGAGACAUCGGACGGCCAGGUCUUGAACGUGAAUGCAGAUGUCGCGGCCGGGGAGCUAGCGCGAGCGCUCCAGCCUUUGAAGAUUGUCUACCUCUCCGAGAAGGGUGGGUUGUUCAAUGGCGACACGAAGGAGAAGAUCUCCGCCAUCAACUUGGAUGAAGAAUAUGAUCACCUCAUGCAACAGUGGUGGGUUCGGCACGGUACCAGGUUGAAGAUCAAGGAGAUGAAGGAGCUCCUUAUGGAUCUGCCUCGCAGCUCGAGCGUUGCCAUCAUUCACCCAGCUGAUUUGCAAAAGGAGCUGUUCACGGAUUCUGGAGCCGGUACUCUGAUCCGACGGGGCAACAAAGUUCAUGUCAACACCUCUAUCGACCAGUUUAAAGACCUCGACAAACUGAAGGAAGUCCUCAUUCGUGAUCGGCCCGGACUUGACGCCCCUGCCAUUGUGGAUCGCUACAUCAAGUUCCUCCAUACACGAGACUUCAAGGCUUACUUCGAUGAACCAAUGGAGGCGUUUGCCCUUGUCCUGCCACCAAGUGCAGAGACAACAUUGGCUCAGCUGGCAACCCUGACCAUCACCAGGAAUGGCUGGCUUACCAACGUAGCAGACAAUAUCUUCGCCGCCAUCAAGAAGGAUUUCCCCAAGCUGAUGUGGACUGUCAAGGAAGACGAUGAGAACUUGACCUGGUUCUUCGACAAGGCUGAUGGUAGUCUCUCCAAAGAUGGCGAAGUCCUCUUCUGGUACGGUCUUGAGACCAGCGAUGAGGUUAAGGACCUUAUGGUCGAAUUCACGAAACACGGCCGUCAGUUGUUUGGCGAUAUCAAUCUCGAGGCCAAGCUGCACCGUGCAGCCAGAGCGGCAUCCAAUGUAGCCAACACUACUACUAAAGGGGUGACACAGAAGCGGACUUUCUCAACGUCGGCGAAUCCAUUACGUUCAGCACGACAAGCAAGAUAUGUCACCAAGCCUGCCCUUUCUAUUCGCACAUACUCCACAACCAAUCCGAACCCGCCUCUUGGUUCCAAGAACAGCUCCAACAGCAAGCCUUCGCGGGUAGCCCUUAUUGGAGCUCGAGGCUAUACCGGAAAAGCUCUUAUCGACCUCCUUAAUCGCCAUCCCCACAUGGAUCUGCGUCAUGUAUCGUCGCGGGAGCUCGCUGGCAGGAAGCUUGAGGGAUAUGACAGGCGCGAAAUCAUCUACGAAAACCUGACCGUGGAAGACGUUCGACAAAUGGAAGAGAAUGAAGAUGUGGAUUGCUGGGUUAUGGCCCUGCCCAACGGCGUUUGCAAGCCAUUUGUCGAUGCCAUCGACCAGGUCGGCAAAAACAGUGUCAUUAUCGAUUUAAGCGCUGACUACAGAUUCGAUCCGAACUGGACUUAUGGUCUACCGGAACUAGUUGACCGGUCCGCCAUUGCAAGGGCUACAAGAAUCUCGAACCCAGGCUGCUAUGCUACAGCCGCACAAUUAGGCAUUGCGCCUUUGGUGCCAUACUUGGGUGGUCAACCAACAGUGUUCGGCGUCUCAGGGUAUUCAGGUGCAGGCACCAAACCGUCUCCGAAGAACGACGUCAACAAUCUCACAGACAAUAUCAUUCCAUACAGUCUCACGGACCAUAUCCAUGAACGCGAGAUCUCCACCCAACUAGGUACAUCGGUGGCAUUUAUACCCCAUGUUGCGGUCUGGUUCCAGGGCAUCCAUCAUACAAUUAACAUCCCGCUCAACCAAGAAAUGAAGUCUCGCGACAUCCGAACACUUUAUCAAGACCGCUAUGCCGGGGAAAAACUGUUGAAGAUUAUUGGUGAAGCGCCCCUUGUGAAGAACAUCGCCAAAAAGCACGGUGUGGAAGUUGGCGGGUUUGCAGUCCACAGCAGUGGAAAGAGAGUGGUCGUUUGCGCAACAAUUGACAACCUUUUGAAAGGAGCAGCAACACAGUGUCUUCAAAACAUGAAUUUGGCUCUGGGGUAUGGGGAGUACGAGGGUAUUCCCAUUGAGCUCGUGGCAACACUUGGCUCGAAGUCCAACCUGAAAAAGGUAUCUCGUCGCGCGAUCCUUGACGUCGACCUUCAGAAGGCAUGCAAGACCAUCACGGAGCCCGAGGUGCCCCUGGCGCUGAGGUUACAAGGCAGUCUGCUGUUUGGAGUCUCUCGCGUAUUUCAGCGACAAUGCGAUUACGUAUUGACAGACGCCACGAGUUUGAGAGACAAGAUGAGGGACACGGUCCAUGUCUUGAAAGAGAUGGAGCUGGACCCGGAUGUUGGAAAGACGCGGCCGGAACAACUUAACCUCCCAGAAGACCCAUAUUUCAAUCCAGAUCUUGACAUCCACUUCGAUCUCUCCGCAUUUGGAUUCGCCUCAGAAGACUCCAGCCCCUCCAUUGGCGCCUCGUCUUUUUUCACACUUCCUUCAAGCCAGACCAGCGACUCUCUCCACGAUGAGACAGACGAAUUUGAGAUUGAGAUGCCUUCCUUCGAUACGCCUGCUGGAGCCAGUGGCGGCCUCGAUGUGUUCAUCCAUGGAGAGACAAGCUCUGUCAUGCAGACUGGCAGCAGGGCCGAUCCUUAUUCGGUCUUUGAAGAAGAACCUGCCAUCAUGCAUGAACCACUCUUUGACGUUGAUGAGGAUGGCUUUCUCCAGCCCGUUGUCCCGGAGAGUCUUUUGGGCCUCGAGCGACCAACCGAUGCUGGGCAACAACGGCAAAUCGACCUCAUGCCUGGUGACUGGGAUGGUAGCGUACAUCCGCCAAGCGCAAGAGAUGAUGAGCUAUUACCAAACUUCGACGAAAUGGAUGUUGUUGGACACGAUGAACCAGCCCUCUUACCACCAGCUCCUCAAAUCCCUCUGACCCCGGAGCUUGAAGACGAAGGAUUCCGCCAAGGGACACAAGCAACCUCCUCCGUCCAAACGUUCGAGGAAAGCUCAGAGACAGCAGAGGCACCCGAGCGUCGCGGACGCAGUGUGAAGGCAAUCCGACCAGAUCGACAGACAGAAUUGAGUAAUCGAGAUCUCAACGAGUGGAACCAGAAUUACCUUGCCAACAUGGCAGCUGCUUCUCGUACCAGACAGAGUCAAAUAGCCUGCUUCGAGGCCAAGAAGAACGCCAAAUUCUGGAUCCUACAGCAAGGAUUGGGGAAUGUUGCCUCUUGUUUCGGGGAUGACAGAGUCCCACACCCUUUCACCGUCUUCAGUGGUCAGUCGCUGUGGGACAUGUUGAGCGGCGAACUGGGACACGGAAAGAAAAGAUCACGAAGUAGUUCCCUUGACGAGGAUGAACGAGAGGACGACAGGCGAGUAAGAGCCAGGACAGUAUCCGAAGGUGAAAUCGCUCGCGGAGAUGACAUGGGAUUCCCAUAUACCGAUGACAACGGGUUGAUAUUGCCAGGCGAGGACUUCCGUUUUGAAGCUGAGGUUGGUCGCCAGGGCCCUCCAUCCUUACUUGACCAAUCGUCCGGCAUGCCAUGGAAUAUCUCUGGAUCUCGUCACAGCUCGGCACAGCCUUUGGGGAGCGGCUUUAUCUCGAGAUUGGGCUCAAGCAUCGGUAGUCUCCAUGGCGGCAUAGAGCUAGGACCACCUUCUGCUAUAAGUAGACGAGGAUUGCGUCUGACUUCUGCGAGUCCACUUCUCGGGAGAGGGAUAGCUUCGCUGUCCAGACAUAGCAGUCGGGAACCUCUCGACACGUCACGAGUCACGAGCGAUGAGGACGUCUUCGCAGAUCUAGACGCGCAGCUGGGUGCCGACAUUGAUCUGGAUUUCGAACUCUACGGACCUUCCGUGACUGUCGACACACAAACGGCUGCACAGUCUCAAUGGGUGGCUGCAACUCUGGAGAAUGAAGCAUACAAUUUCCUUACCUUUGUCAACACGAAAGUCCAAGAGAAGGCAGAACAGCAAGAUGGUACUGGAGAGGGAAGAAAUGCAGGACAAGAGAUGACGAUCACAUUAGACGAGCUCCUCCCACCAACCCAGAACUCGCAGAUCGUGGGUGCCCAAGCUCUACUUCACGUUCUUGCGUUGACCACGAAGGGUUUGCUAAAGGUCUACCAGGCCGAUGGGUUUGGUGCUAUUGAAAUCUCGGUCACAACGGUUGAAAUGAGCUGA